AUGCCCCCAUUUUUCUCCUUGUGCUUUUUCUUCUUAAGUUAUCCUCCUACUUCUUCAUAUGCUCCCCUUUUCCUCAUCCCACUUCUCCUCCUCUUUCUUUUUCUUUCGAGUUAUUCUCUUUCCUUCCAGUUACCUCUUUCUUCUUCUUCUUCUUCUUCUACUACUACUACUACUACUACUACUACUCCUACUGCUACUACUACUUCUCCUCCUCCUCUUUUAUUUCUCUUCCUCCUCCUCCACAUCCUACUCUUCUUCUUCUUCUCUUCUUCUUCUUCUUCUCUUCCUCUUCCUCUUCUCUAUCUCUUCCUCCUCCUCCACAUCCUACUCUUCUUCUUCCCUUCUUCUUCUUCUUCUUCUUCCCUUCUCCUUCUCCUCCUCUUCCUCUUCCUCCUCCUCUUCUUAAUUAUUCUAUUUCUUUCCAGUUAUCUCUUUCUUCUUCUUCUUCUUCUUCUUCUUCUUCUUCUUCUUCUUCUUCUUCUUACCUUUUUUCCCUCCGAUUAUAUUCCUUUUCUCCCCACUUCCAGUUCUGCUUCACUUCCUUUCUUUUCUUCACAAGUUACACUUCGAUUUCUUCCUUAUCCUCUUCAUCCUACAAAUGGCCUCUUCUUCUUCUUCUUCUUCUUCUUCUUCUUCUUCUUCUUCUUCUCUUUCCUUCCAAUGACCUCUUCCUUGUUUCUUCUUCUACUGCUGAUUUUCUAUUUUAACUAUCCUUACUUGACCAAGUUUCUCCUUCUUCUUCUUUAUUUUCAAAUUACAUCCUUCCUUCCUUCUUGUCUUCCUUCUUAUUUCCCCUCCUCCUCCUACUACUUUCUAUUCUUCCUCCUGGAAAUUAUUCUUCUUCUUUCUUCCAAUUAUGCUUUUUUUUCUACUUCUUUUGAAUUACCCGAUACAUCUAUUCUUUUUUUAUUCUUCAUAUUUUUCUUUCCUCUUCCAUCAUCAAUUUCCUUAAUAGAUUCUUCCUACUUUAAAAUCGACGCCAUUUUCUUCUAUUUUCUCAUAAUCAUCUCCUCCUCUUUCUUUUCUCCUUUCUUUGCUUUAUCGAUAGUUACUGAGCCCAAUACCGCGCAUGGGCACAAAUGUAAGACUCUCACUGACUUUAAUAUUACGUCAUUUUUAUUUUCCUUAACAUUUUUGCAACGAUAUGUUUCUGUUUUUCUUCCAUUAUUCUGUUUCUUUUCCGAUGUCACCUUAUUUCUUUCUUUUUUCUUUUUCCCCUUUCUUUCUUUCUUUCUAAUUCUUUUUUAUUUUUCACGCUUCGUUUCAGAUUUUCUUCACAUCAUUUUUUUUUUCAUUCUUUUUUCUCCUUUUCUUUACUUAGUGUUCUUUUCCAAUUCUUCUACUCGACAUCAACUUUAUUUUACUAACUCUGUUUCUCUCUCACUCACUCACUCUCUCUCUCUUUCUCGCUUUCUCGUCCCUCAUUCUUCUUCUUCUUCUUCUUCUUCUUCUUCUUCUUCUUCUUCUUCUUCUUCUUCUUCUCCUCCUCCUCCUCCUCCUGUUGAAUUCUUUACUGAUUCCGUUUUUCUCUCUCUCUCUUUCUCCCGCCUUUUCCCUCACUCUCUCUCUCUCGCUCGCUUGCUCUCUCUCUCUCUCUGUGUCUUUCUCCUUACUUCACCUUCUUUUGAGUCUCUCCUCUUUCUCUUCUCUCAUUUUACUCAGCACCAACUCUAUUUUACUAACUCCACUCCCUUUCUUCUUCUUCUUCUUCUUCUUCUUCUUCUUCUUCUUCUUCUUCUUGAGUUGAGUUUCUCUCUUUCCUUUACUUUAUACGCUUUUCUCAUUUUCCUUCUUUCUUUCAUAGAUUCUUUACAGUUUCCGUUUUUCUCUCUAUCUCUUUCUCUCGCUCCCCCUCUCUCUCGCUCUCUCUCCGUGUCUUUCUCCUUACUUCACCUGCUUUUGAGUUUCUCCUCUUUCUCUCAACAUCAACUCUAUUAUACUAACUCCGUUUCACUCUCUCUCUCUCUCUCUUUCUCUCUUUCUCGCCUUUCAUUCUUCUUCUUCUUCUUCUUCUUGAGUAUGCCUCCGUUUCUUUACUUUCUUAUUUUUCUUCUUCUUCUACUUGAAAUGAAUUCUUUACUGAUUUCCUCUCUCUCUCUCUCUCUCUCUCACUCGCGCGCGCGCUUUCUCCUCUCACACACUCUUGCUGGCCGCCCCUCUCUCUCUCCGCGUCUUUCUCCUUGCUUCACCUCCUUUAGAGUUUCUCCUCUUUCCUCUAUUUUUUUCUCCUUCUCUCCUUUUACUCAACAUCAACUCUAUUUUACUGACUCCCCUCCUUUUCUUUACUUUCUUCUUCUCUCCUAUUCAGCUAUUUUAAACAUCGGAUUUUUUACUAAUUCCCUUCUUCUUCUUCUUCUUCUUCUUCUUCUUCUUUUUCUUUUUCUUCUUCUACUCCUUCUUCUUCCUCUUCUUCUUCUUCUUCUUCUUCUUCUUCUCCUCCUCCUCCUUGUAAACCACUCUGUUUUUCUCUUCAAAUUCGACUAA